GUUUGGGUGGCGGUGGCCGAUGGGAUUCUCAAAAUUCCCAACUCUUUAGAACCACAAACCGGACCCACAAUGGUUAGAAAGAGAAGACACUGUCCGACCCAUCAAGCCACCCAUGGCGCCUGUAAACUGCACCAAUGGCGCUAUGGUUGGUUGUGUUGCCGCACUUUCUCUCUCCUUAGCCACCCUUUCUUACUUCUUUUACAUCCAACAACGAACUUUCAAGCAUCCCAAAUCAAAACCUCAAAAACCCAUUUGCAGUAAAACUUAUGGAAGUGGAAUUGUUGGUGCAAUUGGUAAUACCCCUUUGAUCAGAAUUAAUAGCCUUUCUGAUGCCACUGGUUGCGAAAUUCUUGGGAAAGCUGAGUUUUUGAAUCCAGGAGGAAGUGUCAAGGACAGAAUUGCUGUUAAAAUCAUUGAAGAGGCAUUAGCAUCUGGCCAACUAGCUCCUGGUGGAGUGGUUAUUGAAGGUAGUGCCGGAAGCACUGCUAUUAGUCUUGCGACAGUUGCUCCUGCAUACGGAUGCAAAUGUCAUGUUGUGAUUCCAGAUGAUGUUGCUAUUGAGAAGUCUCAGAUUCUGGAAGCCCUUGGAGCUACAGUUGAGCGGGUCAGACCAGUGUCGAUUACUCACAGAGACCACUUUGUAAAUGUAGCUAGAAGACGGGCAUCAGAAGCUAAUGAACAAGCAUUAAAACAUAGGGAAACUAGUCAAACACCUAACAAAGACCGAGAGCAAACUACUGGUGAAAUUCCUGAAGAGCAGGAGAAAAAUCUUAAAUUUUCAAGGGACUGUACUGGAGGUUUCUUUGCUGACCAGUUUGAAAAUUUAGCCAAUUUUCGAGCCCAUUACGAAGGUACAGGACCUGAAAUCUGGGAGCAAACCGAAGGAAAGCUGCAUGCAUUUGUAGCUGCUGCUGGAACUGGGGGUACAGUAGCUGGUGCUUCUCAGUUUCUUAAGGAGAAAAGUGCAAAUAUCAAGUGCUUUCUCAUUGACCCUCCUGGUUCUGGCUUGUUCAAUAGAGUAACAAAAGGAGUCAUGUACUCAAAGGAGGAAGCCGAAGGAAAGAGGUUAAGGAACCCCUUUGACACUAUUACUGAAGGCAUUGGAAUAAAUAGGUUAACUCAGAAUUUUAUGAUGGCGAGGCUAGAUGGUGCUUUCCGAGGCACAGACAAGGAAGCUGUUGAGAUGUCUAGGUACCUGUUGAAGAAGGAUGGGAUUUUCUUAGGCAGCUCUUCAGCCAUGAACUGUGUUGGAGCUGUUAGAGUGGCACAAGCGCUGGGUCCUGGCCAUACUAUUGUUACGAUUCUGUGCGACAAUGGGAUGAGGCAUCUGAGCAGGUUCUACAAAGCAGAGUACCUCUCUCAACUGGGUUUGACUCCAUCUGCAACUGCUUUGGAAUUUCUUGGCCUUCCAUAAGAAGGGAGAGAUAGCCAGAUAGGUAAACAACAGUUAUUUUCACCAGAGAAAAUUGUAAGUGACAUACUCACCCUAUUCACUGAAAUUUUUAGACUAAAUUUUGUUCGGCACACAAGGGCUUUCACUCUUCAAUAUAUGUAUUGUUUGGUUAUUGAUGUUGCCACACAUCGAAAGACAAAUUGCUGUUCAUCAACUACUGUGGCCCUGUUUGGUUAGGAGUUGUUAGCGGUUAGCCGUUUGUAUUAGCUGGUUUGACUAACGGGUUGAAUUAACUGCUUGUGUAAAAGUGUUUGGUAAAUUAGUUAUUAGUUGUUAGCUGUUUAAUGUAAAAUGAUGACAUUGACAUACUUUGUUUCUUAUUAAUAUUAGACAAAUAUUUUAUUGUGUUAA